AUGCAGACCGUACGACUCAGACAGCCAUUAUGGCAAAUCAGUCGUCGGUACUAUGCGAGUGGUCCGACAACCCAGUUUGUUCCUCCUGCUUCUAUUCCGGCUGGCAUCGAGUCGGCAAUCAGUUCAAAAUAUCCACCGCCAUCGUCUCCCAGCUUCUUCACUGGUCGACACGAAUACAAUGACUCGGUCUCUCAACUCCAAGAUGCGUUGAACGUGGCCAAGCGACGAUUAACUGAAGUAAAACUUCUUCCUCUGCCCCAAGCAGCGAGGAAUUCCUUGCCAGUUGGUCGUACUGCGUGGAAGAAUCAAGAAGGAAUAGCACUCGCUGUUGGUUCUCAUCUCAAAACCUCUCAAUAUCGACAUAUACUCAGUCUCUUGACCUCUCUUAACGCUCUGAGAUCUCUCGCCGAAGUAGGAAAUCAACCAGCAGUUAUUAACGAGCUUGCGAAGGUGCUCCAGCGUUAUGAACGAAUAGACAAAGACGAGUUAUUGGCGAUGAAGAAGAAUCCAGUUAAAUUUGACAGUCAUGGUCGCAGUUACACGCUGGGAAAGCGUAAGGAAAGCGCAGCUCGAGUUUGGGUUAUUCCGACAAAAACUGUCGCAGCGCCUGUUCCGGAGACGGCACUCCAGAAGGAAAUAUCGGCUGAGCUCGCCCUUACCCCCACUAUGCCAGAGAUCCCAAUAACGGAGAUAUUAGUGAACAAUGUGCCUUUUGCGCAGUACUUCAAGCUCCCGCGCGAUAGAGAAAAAGCCAUUCGUCCGCUUCAAGUAACUGGGCUGCUGGGCGCAUAUAAUAUAUUCGCGUUGGUUAGAGGAGGAGGGGUCUCUGGACAAGCGGGUGCUUUGGCUCAUGGCUUAGCGAAAGCUUUGGCCGCACAUGCGCCUCAUGUCAAACCGAUCCUUGUCAAAGACGACGGCUUACGAAGAGAUCCUCGUAUGGUGGAAAGGAAAAAGACCGGAAGGGCGAAGGCUCGUAAGAGAUAUACUUGGGUCAAGCGUUAG